UAGCGAGGAGGAGGAGGCGAGUCCGAGGGAUUGUCAUUACUGUUAACCGGACUGGUUUGGCUUGUCACACGCCCUCUAAGUCAGAGCAUGUAUCUCAUUUACUGACAAAAUCACGUAGGUUUUUAUUUAGAAAAAAGGACUGAAAGAACAGCCGUCAAUUUGUUGUGCCGUGACUGGAAAACUUCACAGAAUGAGCGAACGGGAGGACGCAAUAUUUAAAACCACCGGUUGCAAGUGGCUGCUGCCCGUCAGUGGAUACUUGGGCUUAUCUCUGGACCAGGUGAACUUCCUGGCCUGCCAGCUGUGUGCUUUGCUCGCUGCCUUCUGGUUCCGUCUCUACCUCAGUCCUAACCAUGCCAGCCCCAUGGUCCGGCAUGCUGUCGCCACGCUCCUAGGAGUCACUUUUCUCCUCUUCUGCUUCGGAUGGUAUUCUACCCAUAUCCUCGCUGUGGUGGCUGUUAACUAUUUCCUCAUAAUUAAAGCUGACAUCACCAAUGUACACAGGUAUUCCAUGGUGACAGCGAUGGGCUAUCUGACAGCGUGCCACGUGAGCAGAGUCUUCAUCUACAGCUACGGCAUACUUUCCACGGACUUCUCCGGACCUUUGAUGAUUGUAACCCAGAAGAUAACCAUGCUGGCUUUCCAUCUGCAUGACGGGAUGUGUAAGAAAAGCGAAGAGCUGACGUCGGAGCAGAAGCAUGUGGCUAUACAUGUGAGGCCGUCUCUUAUCGAGUAUCUGAGUUACAAUCUGAACUUCCUGAGUGUGUUGGUCGGGCCCUGCAGCAACUAUAAGGACUACAUCGACUUCAUAGAGGGAAAACACAUCAGCUGGAGGCUAAAGCAGCACUCUGGAACAUGUAACGGGCAAAAUGGUUACGACAAGAUACCCCACCCAUCUCCUCUUAACACAGUCUGUCGAAAGCUGCUGGUCUGCUGCGGCUGCAUGUUCUUCUUCCUCGUCAUCACUCGGUCGUUGCCCAUUACUUACAACGUAGACGACCACUUUGUUGGCCACGCCUCCUUCCUCAGCCGGCUCACCUACGCGUUCUUCUCCAUACAAGCAGCAAGACCCAAGUUCUACUUUGCCUGGACGCUCGCUGAUGCAGUAAAUAAUGCAGCAGGUUAUGGCUUCCUGGGGAUGGAUGAGAGUGGAAAACCCUGCUGGGAUCUCGUCUCCAACCUCAACAUCAUAGGGAUUGAGACAGCCACCAGCUUUAAGACCUUCAUAGACAACUGGAACAUUCAAACAGGGAUUUGGCUCAAAACGGUGUGUUAUGACCGAGCUGCGAAACACCGCUUGGCAUUGACCUUCAUCCUGUCCGCCUUGUGGCACGGCGUUUAUCCAGGCUACUACUUCACCUUCAUCACUGCUAUCCCCAUUACCAUAGCAGCAAGGGCUAUACGGAGGUCUAUUAGGCACCACUUCAUUGGCUCCAGAGUCCUGAAGCUCGGUUAUGACAUUGUAACUUGGGCGGCGACCCAGCUAGCCAUCUGCUACACCGUCAUGCCUUUUCUCCUUCUUUCAGUGGAACACACUAUAGUUUUCUACAGAUCCAUGUACUUCCACGUCCACAUCAUCAGUAUUCUAGCUGCAGUCGUCCUGCAUCAGAAACAUAAACCCAGAGAACCCAAUGCCACCAACAAACCGGCUCCCACCUCCUCCUGCUCCUCCUCCUCUUUCUCAGCGGCUGCGUGCUCAGCUCGGUGCCAGCCUGUUCACUCCAACAAUAACGACAAAGUAAACUGAAAGUCCCGUCCCCACGUUGUUUUUAACCGGGCUCAGAUUUUCCCAGGAGUGUGUUCUGCCUGCUCAAAGUGUGAAAAGUAUAUGCUAUUUAUUAUUUUUGCUGCGACACGGACGAUUGAGGCUGCAUCCCCGAUGUUCGCAAUAAGAGCCUUCAGCCAUGUUGGAGGACCGGGAGAAGCUCCGAGACUGUGAGGGCAAGCGAAAGCUGAAGGAAAAUCUCCGAUGCCACCUCUGCCACAGCGACUGCCUUCCCUCCCGGAUCCCUCCUGCCCUGUGUCCACCCACCUCAACACCAGCGCCCCUGCUCCAACCGCAUAAAAAAAAAAACACAGAGGUGGAAAGAGAAGCGGAGCUCUCUUUCCUCUCCGUCCUCGGUCCGUUCUAUCCCUCCGUCCCCCUUUUGACUGGUGGGACGGGAGCCAGCGCAGUGGGAGAGUGGCAAAUACCAGAACCCGCGCACACAGACUCAUCUAUAAUCGGACACGAGGGAGGAAAUAUGCACAUGCUCCUCCGACAUGCUUGCACUCGGUCACACUCUGACGGCACACAAAGGCCGCCCUUGUGAGUUCACAAAAGAGCGUGCAAAGAGGGCAGAGGGCUGUGGCCGCUGCGCCUACUUUACUUUACCCAGAAGAUGUUGUAGAUUUGUGUGUGUGAGUGUGUGUGUGUAUGUGAGUGGCGAUUUGGCCAAAGUUACAUGCCAACUGCUUCUGUCAGCAACAAAGUGUGUCAGUAUUACUCUCACUGCCUACAGACUGGGAUGAAAACUACAGGAAAUUCUCAAAGCAGCACAAUUCUGUAUGACAGUCGGUUAAUCAGGAGCUUGGGUUACAGUGGUUAGUGAAUGUGAUUUAUCCCCUUAGUUUGUGUCUCUUUCUGUUCUGAAGUAGUGUGAAUUUAAUAGUGACGUCGUUCUUAAUGUGCCUAUCAUGCGGUCAGGGCUGGAUACCUGCUGCCAUGAUAGAAAGGAACCGGAUAGAAAGUUGGGUUAAACUAGAAGAAACGUGCAAAGACUUUUUAUGGCCAGGUUGUAAACACUGGGCUCCAAGAAAUGGACAAUACAGAAAACAGGACAGUUUGCUUUUUAAGCUCUGAUUUUCCCUGGUAGGACAUGCCAAUUGAACAGAGACAUCUGGUGGCUGGUGGUGCCAUCUAGUCCGAUCUUAGUUAAACAUUAGAAGGGUUUUAGCUGAAACGGACUCUGGAGUUUCUUUAAGCACACUUCACCUGCUAGGAAUCCUAAAAAUGGGUAACACUUAAAAUUGACGUUCGAUUUGUUUGAGUCUUGUUUUCACUUUGGCACAUUUGAAACCUCAGUUUGUGUUUUGAUCACAGAGGAGUUGUGAGUCUGGCACUGGGGAUGUGUUUGGCCAUUUUUAAAUGUGUGUGGUUGUUAAUGGUGCUGUCUGUUAACUUCUUGAAAUUUCAGCUACGUUCAUAUAAGUAGAUUCCUAGUAGAUCUCUGUAUGACGAGAUUAAAACAAAGGUGUUUUAUUCCCGCUAUAUGGGAAAUCUUUUAUGACGCAAUUUGCCUUUGAACAACUUUCUACCCAUUGGGCAGAUGUGCAUUGCAGUCGUCCUUGUUUUUGCCUAAUUUAAUGACUGAUUUUCCCCUCUUACCGCCCUUUCAUGUAUACGACUGAACAUUGAUGCGUGUUUCUAAGCAUCCUGUUUCCAGUAUGAAUGAUCCUGACGGGUCUGUCUUUCUGCUGCCCAGUAACCAAUCAAAGAUGCAGGAAAUCGUGGAAAUUCUGGGGUGGGAUGAAAUUUGAACAGUCCAGCACGGAUCUUCCCCGGAGUCGGCAGCAAGCGGUGGGAGCCAACUCUCUGUUUACUUCACUUUCAUGAAGCAAUAGAAAACUUGUUUGAGGUGUGACUGGCAGGUUUUAUAAAAUGUAUUAUUUUUUUAACCUGGUGAAACUCCUCCUUUAAUAAACCUCCUUUAAUUUGCAUUAAAAGAAUAAACCGUGCAGGGGGAAAUAUAUUCAACAUUUUUAACUAAGGUGGCUGAAAGAAAUUCUACUGUUUCUUAUUCAAUGUUUUCGGUAUAAUAAUAGUGAUAAUAAUAAUAAUAUAGAUUAUGUUAACCUUUAAAUGCACAUCAGUGCCUCGGACAGUUUAUGAAGUUGCACUGGUGACAACCGAUUGUGGUUUCCUGUGAGAGUUUUUAAUAUUUAGACGUUGGUCUGGCGAUACAGUGUUAAAGGCUGAUUGCAUGCAGACUUAUUCGAGAAAUGCUGGGCAUGUAAAAUGAAGCUUCCCCCUCCCCCCCCCCCGAGCAUGGGAACCUUUACGUUUAUUGUUGCUAAAAAAAAAAAAAAAGACACCGCCUUGUUUGUCUACAUGUGGGUAAAGCAUGAUGGGAGCAGGGAAAGGUGUGGCGCAUGUACAGUAUGAGUAGGUGUGGCACAUGUACAGUAUGAGUAGGUGUGGCGCAUGUACAGUAUGAGUGCGUGGUCAGAAUGAGCAGCUAUUUGAAUGAUUUAACGCUGUUAAUGAAGAUUUGUUUUGUUUGCAGACUUGUUAUCUGCAUGCACUGCCUGUCUGUCGAUUUGGUUUUAUUUUCUUAUGGCGCCGCUGCUCCAUUUUAGUGUUGUUUGUUUAGAGGAGAGCGUGCUGUUAAACAUUAAUCUUAAAGUGAAAUAAAGUUUCAGUGAACAAGGAUGAAAAUAA